AGGCGAACUGGAAAGGUGCGAGGCGGAAGAUGUCAUCGCCGGAUGAGCGGACAACCUUCGUGCGGAACUUCGGACCGAGAACCUGAGCGAUGGGCUGCGGCUCCUCGAUGGAUACGCAGACGAAUCCUGUUGUCACGGAGGUCAGCUCUGAAAUGCAAGCUCGCCAGAAUGGCGCUGCUGGAGUACUGAACAUUGUCGAGCAGUACGUGCGUUUGGACGAGCAGAUCAGCAAACUGGAGGGCACUUGUCCCGGUCCGCGGAUGGCCACCGCCGAAGCCUGGGUGGAGCACCUUCAAGGCAAACACGAGGCGAUGCUGGGUCUUGAGGGCAUGGGAGUGGCUCCGCUGCGGAUUAAGGAGCGGGAAACGGAGGAAAAUUACAUAUUAGGCCGGCAGGGCGACCCGAUUGUGGCCAACACACCCACUAAGGACCUGGCCCAGCUUGCCUACAAUUUGGGUGUAAUUGGCGAUGCCCGCAAGGCUUCCAUGCACGAGGAUUUCUUUGCCAACCUGAGCGAGUCCGCGAUGUAUUUGCUAAGCAUUCGUUACUACGGUGAGCUACUGGAGUACACCAAGGGGCGUCUGAAGACUCUGGUCGAGAGCUAUGCGGAGUUGAACGAGCUUUACGUAAAGCAAGACGGGAUUAUCGCCUAUAUUAGCGGGGGAACGUACAUGACCCGGCUGGAGGAGAGAAUUGAUGAGCAGCUGGAGACGGCCAAAGAUACAAGAGAUAAGCUGGGCAGUGCCCUGGAGCAGUGGCGGAUCUGUGGAUUGCUGCUAAGAGCUGCUGCCAACUCCUCCACACAGGCAAUAAAACAGUGGCGGCAGCUCGGCAGGAUGAUAGAUCCCAAACAAAAGCUGCAAUGGGCUUUGGACUGCCGAAGUCUGUUGCAUGCCAGCAUGAUAUCCCUGGAGGCAGCUCAGCUAGCUUUGCCGCACGUGGAACUGAAGUACAUGAGUCAUCGCCAAGUCCUAGCCGUCAAGCACUGUAAUACCUAUUUAAUCACAGACAUAGCCAACAAGGCGCGGUACGAACACACCAGCCGCGUCUUCACCAGCUACGAAUCCAACAUGUCGAAGACCUGCACUUGGCUCUAUGAAACCUUUAACAGCACUCUGCGCCUCGACUUUGAUAAAGCCGAGGAGAAUGUAUGCAGGUUAUCUAAAACGCUACGGGAUCAUCGCGAGGAGGUGUUCAGCACAGUGCGCAAAUGACAAAAACCCAAUUUGCUCAACCGUCUGUGUUUUUUGUACAUUACUUUAAUAAACAAUAGGCA